AUGGCCGGGGCGGCGGCGGGGAGCGGCGGGGAGCGGCGGGGAGCGGCGCUGACGGCGGUGCGCACCGAAGGAGCGGGACCUCCCGGUGGGACCCCCCCGCCCCGCCGCCGCCGCCUGGGGCUGCUGGUGGGACCGCGACCCGGGACCGUCGCCCGCCCCCCCGCCGGCUCCCCGCGUUGUUGCCGCCGCCGCUUGCAGAACGGGCUCUACAACGUGCUGGAACGGCCCCGCGGGUGGGCUUUCGUCUACCACGUCUUCAUAUUCCUCCUCGUCUUCAGCUGCCUGGUGCUGUCGGUCUUCUCCACCAUCCAGGAGCACCAGAAAUUGGCCAACCAGUGCCUCUUCAUCCUGGAGUUCGUCAUGAUCGUGGUGUUCGGCAUGGAGUACAUCAUCCGCGUCUGGGCGGCCGGCUGCUGCUGCCGCUACCGAGGCUGGAGGGGACGCUUCCGAUUUGCCAGGAAACCCUUCUGCGUUAUAGAUUUCAUCGUCUUCAUCGCCUCCGUGGCCGUCAUCGCCGCCGGCACCCAGGGCAACAUCUUCGCCACCUCGGCGCUGCGCAGCAUGCGCUUCCUGCAGAUCCUGCGCAUGGUGCGCAUGGACCGUCGCGGCGGCACCUGGAAGCUGCUGGGCUCCGUCGUCUACGCCCACAGCAAGGAGCUCAUCACCGCCUGGUACAUCGGCUUCCUGGUGCUCAUCUUCGCCUCCUUCCUCGUCUACCUGGCUGAGAAGGAUGCCAAUGCCCAAUUCGCCACCUACGCCGACUCCCUGUGGUGGGGCACGGCUUCCCCCUGCUCUGCCCCCGGGCAGGUCACCCUCACCACCAUCGGCUACGGGGACAAGACGCCGCAGACGUGGCUGGGACGGAUGCUGGCGGCCGGCUUCGCCCUGCUCGGCAUCUCCUUCUUCGCGCUGCCUGCCGGGAUCCUGGGCUCCGGCUUCGCCCUCAAAGUGCAGGAGCAGCAUCGGCAGAAGCACUUUGAGAAGAGGCGGACUCCGGCGGCAAACCUGAUCCAGGCUGCCUGGCGCCUGUACUCGACGGACAUCAGCCGGGCGUACCUGACGGCCACGUGGUGUUACUACGACAGCCUCCUGCCCUCCUUCAGAGAGCUGGUCCUAAUGUUUGAGCAUUUGCACCGAGUCCGCAACGGAGGAUUUAGGAAUUCAGAGGUGAAAAAAUUGCCUGACGGAGCCCCACCGCCUUAUCACUCCUUCACCCCUGGCCAGAAAAGCAUCAGCCCUGCCGCUUGUUCAGGGGAAAGCUGGAAGGAGGAGGACGUGCAGCCCCACAAGUGCUUACGCCUCAGCAACAAGAUGGGCAUCAAGGACCGCAUCCGUCUGAGCAGCUCGCAGCGGCAGGGCAGCCGGGGCAGGCAGCACCUGGGACCCCCCCUGCACCGCUCCCCCAGCACCGAGGACAUUCCCGAGGCUUCCAGCCCCACCAAGGUGCAGAAAAGCUGGAGCUUCAAUGACCGGACCCGCUUCCGUGCAUCCUUGAGGCUCAAGCCGCGGACCCCAGUCGAGGCCGACUGCCCGCCGGAGGACAGCAGCGAGGAGAAGAGCUCCCACUGUGACCUGACCUUCGAGGACAUCAUGCCAGCAGUGAAGACCCUCAUCCGGGCUGUCAGGAUCCUGAAGUUCCUGGUGGCCAAGAGGAAGUUCAAGGAGACCUUGCGUCCCUACGACGUCAAGGACGUCAUCGAGCAGUACUCGGCCGGCCACCUGGACAUGCUGGGCAGGAUCAAGAGCCUGCAGAUGCGCGUGGACCAGAUCGUGGGCAGGGGGGCCCUCGCUGCGGACAAGAAGAUGCGGGAGAAGGGGGAGAAGCCGGCGCUGGAGACGGAGCUGGUGGACGAGCUCAGCAUGAUGGGGCGAGUGGUCAAAGUGGAGAGGCAGGUGCAGUCCAUUGAGCAGAAGCUGGACCUGCUGCUCGGUCUCUACUCCCAGUGCCUCCGCAAGGGCUCCAUAAACUCCUUCAGCCUGGCCGCCGUGCAGGUGCCCCCCUGCGAGCCCGACAUCACCUCCGACUACCACAGCCCCGUGGACCACGAGGACAUCUCGGUCUCUGCCCAGACCCUGAACAUCUCCAGGUCGGCCAGCGCCAACAUGGACUGAGCGGGGAGGCAGUGGGACGGAUCCCACCAGCGCGCAGCCGGUGGGAUGGGAUGCCGGGGUGUGGGAGCAGCGUGGCAUCGCCCGGCCCCGUCUAGCCACGUCCCUGGCCAUGUUACUUGAACCAAGUCGUCCUUUGCGGGGACACGGCUGCAGCGGGGUGCCCGCUCUGGGGAUGGGGUGGGAGCCCGUGGCACUGCAGCAUGGCCAGACCACGCUCCUGGGAUGCUCCUGCCCUUCCCGGGGGGUGAGACCCCCCCAGCUCCUGGGGCCUCGAGCGCUCCCCAGCCAUGGCGGGGAUGCUCCAGGCUGGCCCCAUCCCCUGGGGUUUGGGUCGUACCCCCCAGCCCUCAGGACAUGUCCAGCUCCCCAGUGGGGUCCUGCCUGGUCCCCCAGAGCCGAGCCGGGACCACCGCCAGCUAUGCAAGGCUUCAUCUCCCUUCCGCUUGCCUUCCGCCAAGCAGGGGCGUUGGGGCACGACCCAGUGUGGUUUUACCUGCGUCGCUCCGGGUCAGGGCAGCAGCAGGGGCCCCCCCCCAGGCCGCUGAGCGGGGGUCUGUCCCCCCCUCACUCUCCUCUGCCUGGGUUGUUUCCCUGCUCGCAGGGCUGCAGCGCUGCAGCUGCGGCUGCACCUCUAGAAGCACAGCAGAGCCUUCUGCCUGCCCGUGCAUGCUCCCAGGGCAAUAUAUAUAUAGAAGAUAUAUAUAUAUAUUUAUGCAAUAAUGUCUUAAUAUGCAACAACCCCGGGAAGAGCAACCCGUGGGGACAUAGGCAAUAAGCAAACCCCCCCUACCAGCACACAGGGCUAGAUCCUGCUGCCCGUGGGGGCCCGCCUGGGUGCCCUGGGGGCUUGGGGCUGGGUGACAAACCUCCACCCGAGGGUGGCCCUGGGGCCACGGGGCUGGGCAGGGCCUGUGGAGGAGGGAGGGAUGCAGGCAGAGGUGAUGGGGACAGUGGUCCCCAAGGAGCAUCCCUCCCUCCCAUGUCCCAGAACCUGCUCUUGCUUAGAGGAUUCCUUCUUGCUUAGAGGUCCUGCGGUGCUCGGUUUGUCCCUCCCCAUGUCCCCAUCCCUUCUGUGGUCCGGGGAGCACGGGCUGGACCUGGGGGGUGACUGCCCGGUGGGGACAGAGCGGUGUUGGCCGUGCCUCCCCGCAUGCCACUCGCGGCAGAGCCACAGCGGCUCCCGCGCUGCCCCACUCCCCCCAGGAAACCCUGGGGCCGGUUUCCAGUCCCGCACCGCUGGGCUGAGCCAGGCUGGAAGCGAUCGUGGUAGUGCCAAAGUUUGCCGAGCUGGGGCUGGUGUCUGCUCCUGCGUGGCCGGGGGUCCCGGGGGGUCUUGAUGGGCUUCGGACCGUGGGAUUUGCACACACCCCCUUCCCAAGCCCCCCCGUGCCUCCGCUCCUGGCGGCAGGGACCCCUGACCCUGCUCGUUUUUCUUGCCUCGUUAGUGCAUGUGGCCAGCGCGGGCCGUGCCAGAGCCGCUUGCAGCCUCCCCCCUGCUCCUGCACCACCCCGGCCCCCUCGCCCCGGGGGUGCCCGUCCCCCCGGCUGGGCCGUGGGGGCAGCGGGGGCACGAGGGGACGGCCGGGUGCUGUGGGUGGGCAGGCGGGUGGGUCGCUGCGUGGGUGCCGUGGGUGCCCGGCCACGGGGCGAGGGUGCAUGCGACAGCUUUGCCCGCAGCCGCACGCAGGAACUAACUCGUAGGAUCCCCCCCCCCGCCGUCUCCCCGGGGCUGGCUGGUCCCCGCAGACCUCCCCAGCCAGAAGUAGUUACCUCACUUGAUUAACUUAUUAACUUAUUUGUUUCAUUAAAAUUUGGAGUAGA